AUGUUAGCUCUUUUUGCUUUAUUGACUACCUUUACAACGUUAAUUUCAACGGUUUUAACACAACCAAUCCCCCCAAAAUCAGAUACAUCAUUACAAUUCCUCACCGAGAAAAACAAUAAGAGAUUUUACGAUUACGACAACGGUUCAUUAGGUGCCCCAAUUAGAGGUGUUAACAUUGGUGGUUGGUUAGUACUUGAACCAUACAUUACACCUUCAUUAUUUGAAGCAUUUAGAACAAACCCAUAUAAUGAUGAUGGAAUUCCUGUGGAUGAAUAUCAUUAUUGUCAACAAUUAGGUUAUGAUGAAGCGUCUAAUAGAUUACAACAACAUUGGUCAUCAUUUUAUCAAGAAUCUGAUUUUAAAGAUAUUGCAUCUCAAGGUUUUAACUUGGUUAGAAUUCCAAUUGGUUAUUGGGCAUUUAAAACUUUAAAUGACGAUCCUUAUGUUACUGGGUUACAAGAAAGUUAUUUGGAUCAAGCUAUUCAAUGGGCCCGCAAUAAUGGGUUAAAGGUUUGGGUGGAUUUACAUGGUGCUGCUGGUUCUCAAAAUGGGUUUGAUAAUUCUGGAUUAAGAGAUACUAUUCAAAUGCUUGAUGAUAAUAAUUUAGCUGUUACGUUAGAUGUUAUCAAAUAUCUUUUGAAGAAAUAUUCUAGUAAUCAAUUUACUGAUACUGUUAUUGGUGUGGAAUUAAUUAAUGAACCAUUGGGACCUGCUAUGGAUGUUGAUAAAUUGAAAAACGAUUAUUUGAAGCCAUGUUAUGAUUAUUUAAGAAAUGAAGUACAAGGUGAUCAAGUUAUUAUUAUUCAUGAUGCAUUUGAAGCUUACAAUUAUUGGGAUGAUUUCUUAACCGCUGAUGGUGGUGCGUGGGGUGUUACCAUUGAUCAUCAUCAUUAUCAAGUAUUUUCUCCAGGUGAAUUAGUAAGAACAAUGGAUGAACGUAUCAGUGUUACUUGUUCUUGGGGUACAGGUAUAUUGAAUGAAGCUCAUUGGAGUGUUGCUGGUGAAUUUUCUGCUGCUUUAACUGAUUGUGCUAAAUGGCUAAAUGGUGUCGGUAUCGGUGCUCGUUAUGAUGGAUCUUACCGAAAGGGUAAUGAUGGGUCUUAUUAUAUUGGUUCUUGUGCUAACAACGAAGAUAUCAAUUCAUGGUCAUAUGAAAGAAGAAACAACACAAGAAGAUAUGUUGAAGCACAAUUAGAUGCAUUUGAAAUGAGAGGAGGAUGGAUUAUUUGGUGUUACAAAACUGAAACAAGUUUGGAAUGGAGUGUACAAAAUUUGAUUCAAAAUAAUUUGUUCCCACAACCAAUUACUGAUAGAUUGUAUCCAAAUCAAUGUGGUACAAAGUAA